AUGUUUGAAUAUGUGUUGGACAGCUUUGUCGAAACAAUCAUCGAGACUAUGAGGGGUGAUGCAUUUCUGCGACAAGAAUUUUGUCUCCACGGGCGAGUGGCUUUCCAUGACCGCCCAGUGGAAUCCAUGGACACUUCUCUAGAAGAGAGCGAAGAGCAAUUGCAUGUUGACGAUGCUUUUGUUACCCAACAAGUUGCUGGUCGGAGGACAAGGGAGGCAACAGCCAGCAGAAAACUCGUCCUCUACGACGACGAAAUCGCCGCGCCGAUCAUUUCUGUGUUCACGUUGUUGAAGAUGGAUGCCAGGUGGCCGCAAUUGGUUGCCGGUUUACACGCGAUCGAACCGGCUCGUGAUAUUAUUGGCCAAAACGGCGACACCUUUGAAUUUCACGCUACCCAUCUUGUCACCGCCGUAGUCACUCAGAUCUUUUCAUACAUGAUCGAUAGCAGUGUUCGGUACGGGUACAUCUGUACUGGAGAGGCUUUCGUAUUUCUCCAUAUCCCAGAGGAUCCCACCACCGUUCAAUACCACCUCUGUGUGCCGAAUCAAGACGUUCAGGAGCACGAUGAAUAUCGCCUGCACCGGACAUCCGUGGGCCAGGUGCUUGCAUUUACACUCCAAGCGCUAGCUGCUGAACCCCCAUCACAAGAAUGGCAUGACGUAGCAAACGAAGAGCUCUCCAUCUGGAAGGUUGAGUACUUAGACGUGCUACGGGACAUUCCAGAGACAAUCCGCAAAGAGCCGCCAUCCUUCGUGUAUCGAUCGUCAUUCCAAAAGUCAUACAAUACGCGAAGUCGCUGCAAACCAGGCCAGUCAACGCCGCCAGAGGAACCGUCAAGUGGGGCCAGUGGUAGCGAAGAGGACUUGCCGUCGCCAUCAACCAUGGCAGCCGUGCGCAAACCAAGAGGCCGUGGCGGAAAUGAAAAACAAACUCCCGCCAGUCGACGGGGAAUAGGACAAGCAGAAACCAAGAAUGGUGGUUCCUCUAGCUCACAGAAGACGGGGUCAACGGGGAUCAUGAGGCCGUAA